UUCUUUCGACCAACAAUGGAAAAUAGAAAAACAGAAGGAAAUCUUAACCACGAAAGUGACGAAGAGGAGACGGAGGACGAACAAGGCAACAAUUUGCAAACAGUGGAGGAGGAUUUAAUUGAAGGUGUCAAUGAUGAAAUCACUAAAUUUAAUUCAAAUCCUGUUUUGGAAACAUCCAUGACAUCCACAACAGUAAACAAAAAUGUAAAACCUAUGCCGAAACGUACGAAACCAUCAAAAAAAAUUAACUUUGAGGAUGAGUUACUAAAGUCUCUUAGGAGUGAAAAUGAAGCCACUGACCCAGACAAAUCAUUUCUAAUGUCCCUUUUGCCUCAAAUGAAAUCUAUCAGUGAGGAUAAAAAGCCAAUGCUCUACAUUGAAUUAAUAAAUGCUAUACAGAGAGUAAAAAAUAAUGAUAAUACAUCAAUGUAUCGUCAAGGAUAUAAUCAGAGCAAUUUUCCACUCGGAGGAUAUUCGCAGACAGUAUCUGGACCAACAAUGUACUCUCAACCUGCAGUAAUACAUUCUAGUCUUCCUACUUAUAAUCAUGAGUCACUGCAGCCCUUUUUCAGAUAG